AUGGAAGUAAUUGAAAUCGACAAAAACCAUUGGGUUAUUGAUAAUUUUCUGGUGGAAGAAAAUGAUGGUGUAAAGCGUAUAAGACAUUUUACAGGAACGAAUAAGACCAUGCCGCAAUAUACUAUAGAUAAGUUAAAACUAAUGAAUACAAUCAACCUCAAAGAAUUAAAAGAUGCAUAUCCAUAUACUUCCCUCAUUCCAUGUCAGUCAAAACUACUUUUUGCUCAUGUGCAAACAUUUACCUAUGAAUUCUACCGUAAAGGAGAGGGAUUUCAUAAAGUUAAUGCUAGAACGGCUAAAAUUUUUAGAAAUAUUAGCUCUCCUUUCACUGUUAUUCCUCUCAUAUUGAAAGGAUGUCCCGUUAAAUAUUUAUAUUACCAAAAUAACUUACUACAAACAAAUGUUAUCCCUCCUGCUUUUAAUAGGAUUAUUCAUUCACACAAUAGCUCUUUUUUUGUAAGGACACUUUGUUUAGAAAACAUUAAAUUAAAGACUUCUGACAUAAAAAUAUUGUUAGAUUAUCAAGCUGUUAAAUUAAUCUAUCAAAAUCGAUCAGUAGGGAUGGCUACUCGUAUAUACAAAGAUGUCAGAGAAGAAUACAAAGAAAGGCCAUUUAUACAAUCAAUGAUUUCACUAGUUACCAAAAUAGCAUUCCCACCACAAUAUAGAUCAACAACUCUUUCCCAAUAUGCUAGAACUUUUGCCUUCACCCUUUACCUUAUCGAUAAUUUCAGAAAAUUUAGUUUUGCAACCCCACGAAUUUGUAACAAUCUUCCAAUACCUUUAUUUAAUAUUGAAUCUACAAUUGAAGAAAGAACGGAAAAAUAUAGCGAUUUUUUUUGUUAUCUCUAUGAUUCAAAAGAUAAAGCAUUAGCCUGUAUCAAUAUCUUAUUUAGAGUGAUGGCAUUUGAUUGGAAUCGCUCCAUGGAAACUAAGUUUGAAGUGAAAACAUUGAACCACUUUAAAUCCACAAUGGAUGCUUUUAAAGCUAUUUCCAUUUACCUUUGUCUUCAUAGACAUAUUCACCCCACAUACAAAUAUAGUAACACAGACAAAUAUUUUAUCACUGAUUGCAGCACUGUAUGGGAUUGGAUUAAAAGGACUUAUUCAAUGUUAAUGAAUGAUUAUCACACUACAAAAGUUAUUUCAAAACCUUGUGCUCCGGAUGGUUACCUUAUUGGUGGUUUAAGAUUCUCAAGACAGUAUAUUCAGAUAUUUUAUCAAGACAUAAUUAAUAGGUAUGAUUCAAAUUUAGAAGUCAUUAAAAAAUCUUACUUAAAUGUACAAGCACCUUCAGUAAUGGGAAGAAAGUUGUUGGGUACACAGGGGUUAUGUUUGGAGGAAGAUAGAGCUAAUCAUAAAGGUUCUUUAGUCAAUUUGUUUCCCAUGGAGUUGAUUUCCAAAUUUCUUCCUUACCUUUCAACUGCUCAAAUAGUAGAAGAAGAAGCUAAACAAGAAAUUAAAUCUGCAAUCGAUGAUAUGGGUGUUUCCUUGAUGUGGUUAAUAUACUUCUCAACUGGUGGUCCGUACAGGUUUCCAGAUUUACAAAUUUUAAAGUAUGCAGGCAAUGAAAGAAAUAUCUUUUUUGAUGCAACUGUGAAGUGUAUUGAGUUGGACACAACAUAUUCCAAAUCCAGGUUUUCUAAACGUCUGUGCAAGGUCGUGGAUCAACACACCACAUUCUAUUUGGUUCAUUAUAUUUUAGUUUGUAGGUCUCUCCUCAAUAAUAUACUCGGAGAUUUCUAUGCUGAGAUUAACAGAGAUUUAUUUGCUAGUGGAAGGAAACCGAAUUCAGUCGCCGAUGAUGAACGUAACAACGUAGAGAGCAAAAAUUCAAUGGGGAAUGUCGAUGAAGACGAAGACGAAGAAGAAAGCAAUCAACUUUUUGAUGAGGAAGAAGACGCUGAAGAAGACGCUGAUGAAAAUAAAGAUGAUAUUAUUGUUCCACCUAUUAAUAUCUUCAAUGAAGGGAAGAAUCUUACUGAUCUGGAUUACUCUCGUCAGAUUUUACAUUCCACUUUGUUUAUUGAUAUUAAUACGAAUAAAAUAGUUCAUUACGAGAGAUUCAAGAAAUUUAUAUCUCAAUAUCCUUCAUCAUGGGAGGGCAAAAGAUUGACAUUUAGGGAUAUGCGUCAUGGUAUGAUAGGUUUACUCAGGGAGUAUGUAGCUAGUGGCUAUAAUGAACGGUUUGAAUUAUCUAAGGAAGAAUAUGCAGGCCAUGAUGCAAAUACAGGAUAUACUGAUUAUGCUGUCAACCCAUAUAAAGCAAGACAUACUCCAAUUAGCAAAAGAUCUGAAGUAUUGAGUAAAUUAUGGCAAGAAUGGUUAGGUUUAAGAACGUAUCAUGAGAAAAAGACAUUCACACCAUUGCAUAGAACCAAAGAACCAAAAUUAUCAUCCCUCACUCAAUCUCUUUACGAUAUUUCAUACGUGAAAACUUCAUUCUUCUAUGACUCUCGAUGCUUACCAGAACAGGAGAAUAUGAUGUUAUUAGAUAUAUACAUGGGACAGGCGAAAUUACAUCCAAUUCAGAUUUCUCCCAAUGAUGAUGCUUUUAACUUGUAUAAGUUGCCAAUUUAUGCCCUUUCCGAAGUUGCUUCAAACAAGAACCAAAUCUCUUUCAUAUUUGAACCAACCCUGAGUGCAAAAAUUUUGACAUUGCAGAGACUCUCCGAAAUAAAAUCGUCGUUAAAAGUUGGUGAUUUUGAUUCUAUUGUAAAUAUAAAGACUGGCCCUGAAGAGCAUGACUUUACAUGUUCCAUCUAUGUUGGUACUUUCGAAAAUUUAAUGGAGUGUAGUUUUUGUGAUUUGAUACACAAAUGGGAUGAAACAAUGGUGAACCUGUCUUUGUGUUAUGUGGUCAUUAAUUGCUUUGAAAAAGUAAAUCAGAAUCUUUUCAAAGAUUUAAAUAUCGGUUCCUUAAAGUGGUUCUUUAAAAUAUUGCUAUUCACAAAGAUUGAUGCGCGUCAGCAAACUAAAACGUUGAUGAAAAAUAUAGGGAUAUUCAAACCCUUAAUAUCGGUAAAGCGCAUUGACAUAUCGGAGUGUAUAUAUUACCACAAUUUGUUGAAAGAGCUGCCAUUGAAAGACGUUUAUAAAGAAUUGUGGAAAGAGGAAUCUGGCUAUGGUACGUUACAGAAAUGUUGCUCUUAUUCUAAACGAUACUUGCAAUUAUUUAAUUCUAGGACAAAUAAGAAAAUUGUGAUUAUUUCAAAGCAAGCUGAUGCAGCUGAUGCUUUGCAUGCCAUGUUAGGAGAUAUAUCGAUUAAAAUUACUGAAAAAAUUGACAUAAGAGAGAGGUUUAGGUUAAUGGAUAAUUUCAGAGAGCAAUCGAAUUCCAAAAUUUUGAUUGGAACAAAAGUGUUGCUUGAUUUUCCGAAUGUUGAAAAUGUUGCCCUAGUCUUAUUAAUGGAUUAUAUGCGAACUAUUUCAGAUUACAUUACCUUCUCCUCUAUGAUAACAAAAGAAAACGGCAUAAUCAGUUCCAUUUUUUGCGAAGGAUCAUUUGAAAAAGAUUCCAUGACAUUGGAUUGUCCAACAAACCAGAUAAGAAAAUUUUAUGGAAUUUCUGAAACCCAGCCCUGCAAUUGUUGUAACAACUCCAAUGAACGGGUGAGGGAAUUGCUAAUUGAAGUCCAUGGCGAUGAUUGA